GUUGGAAGUCGCCGGAGCUCUCUCUGGUCCCUGCAAAUCUGAACUCCGCUGGUUCCGAUGCCAUUGAUUCCUCUUCAAAAACCCUCUCUUUGUUAUUCCUUCUUGAACUUAAUUAAUAGAUCGCAAGAAUCCUUCUUGUUUCCUCUUUGAGAUUCUUGUUUUUGAUAUAACAACCCCAGACUUCUCCCCUGUUCGCUGUUUAAACCCUUGUCUUUGGAAAACUAGGGUUUAAUUCUCUUGCUAGAAACUUUGGCCUGUUUUAAAAAAAUUAUUUGAUCUUCUUCUUAAUUUCUUACCUUUAUGAUAGUAUCCCUGAUUUUAUGAUUUGAUCCUCUUUAGUGGAUCCGGGUAAUCAAGCACCUAAUUUUAUCUCAACAUUUACAUUUUUUUUUUCGUGAAUUGUGGUAAAAUAAGAUCUCAUAUCGAAAAAAAAAUGAAAAGAAAGGGUAUGAACUGUUCCAAAUUAACUGCGCUUCAUAUUUAUGUUGAGACUAUUCCCCAACAAAGCUAUGCGCAGCCAGCUGCUGCCUCAACAUUAACCCCGGCUCAGCAACCUGCUUCUGUUCCUCAGCCGUAUUACGGAAAUUACUACUAAGUUUGCAUGGCGAGCACCCAGUUUUUA